AUGUCAAAUGACGAUAUAAUACUCCCAUCAGUUUCAUCCUUAUCGAAACUAACUAUAAAUGAUGUAUCAAAAUCAGGAUUUGGAUACAAUCCGUCCAUAGGACCAAUAUCAAAUACUAUUACCCUAGAAUCUUCACUGGUAUUAUUAAAUAAACGUACAAUAUCAUUAACACCAACAUCAUCUGACUCCAUUUAUGAUAGAAAUAUUAUCACGAAAAAGCCACACGAAAUCAACUUAUCUUCGUUAUCAUUUUUGUUUUGUGAGAUUAUUAGUUGGGCACACUCUAAUUCCAAAGGCAUUCAAGAUUUAGAAAAUCGUUUAAACGGAUUAGGUUAUCAAAUAGGUCAACGAUAUCUCGAAUUGUGUAAAAUAAGAGAAGGUUUUAAAAACAGUAAACGAGAGAUUAGACUUUUGGAAAUGUUACAAUUUAUUCAUGGUCCGUUCUGGAAAUUGAUUUUUGGUAAAACUGCUAAUGAAUUAGAAAAAUCGCAAGAUUUGCCCAAUGAAUAUAUGAUUGUGGAGAAUGUGCCAUUAUUAAAUAGAUUUAUUAGUAUACCUAAGGAGUAUGGCGACUUAAAUUGUUCAGCAUUUGUUGCGGGUAUAAUUGAGGGAGCACUUGAUAAUAGUGGAUUCAAUGCCGAUGUUACAGCACACACGGUCGCUACAGAUGCAAAUCCAUUAAGAACAGUAUUUUUGAUCAAGUUUGACGAUUCUGUUUUAAUUAGAGAGAGUUUGAGAUUUGGAUAA